AUGGCUGACACUCUUCAAGGACUCCAAAAGAUCAACAUCAUUCCAAACAAGAAUUACAAGAAAUCCGGAACCAAGUCUUACGUUCACCUACUUAGCAAAUGGGGCUUUGAGCCUACCAUGCCGGGGCCUUAUGGCCAAAUGGUCAAGGCUUUGGAGGAAGGUGAAAAACGUGCGACUUUUCAUCACCAUACCACCAAACCCUCGACUCGUCAUGUCUUGAUCAAGAAAAUAGACGAGGAUCCUGCAUCUAGGGAUUUCCAAACAACCAAGAUCGGAGAGGUUCCGGCUGAAGACAUUCAAAAUGACUCGCUUUACCUCUGCCCUGUUCAGAUUGGCAGUCCUGCGCAAACGCUCUAUCUGGACUUUUACACAGGUAGUUCAGACCUCUGGGUUUGGUCUACCUUGCUUGAUUCCAGUGCACGAUCUCAACCGGGACAUACCACCUAUGAUCCUUCAAACUCAUCUACUUUCAAAUCCAUGAACGGCGCGUCCUGGGAAAUCAGAUACGGGGACAACUCUCACGCAUCGGGCGCUGUCGGUACUGAUACAAUCACUCUUGGAGGACUCGCGGUUGAAAGUCAAGCCAUUGAAUUGGCCAAAGAUCUCUCUGACCAAUUCCUCCAAUCUCCGGGUGACGGACUCCUAGGCCUUGCAUUCGGCAGCAUCAACACAGUCCAACCAAACCGCGUCCACACACCCGUCGAAAACCUAAUACUACAAGGAAGCAUCCCAACAUCCUCUCAAGUCUUCGCCGCCAAACUCGGAAGCUGGCGUGAUGCCAACGAAGACGACCAAGGCCAAGGUUUCUACACCUUCGGCUACAUCGACCAAGACACCAUCACCGCCUCCGGACAAUCACUCGCCUGGACCCCCAUCAGCUCCUCCAGCGGAUUCUGGCAAUUCACAUCCGCCCAAUCCACCGUGAACGGCACCACCGUCUCUCAAUCCUCCCGCAACACCGCCAUCGCAGACACCGGAACCACGCUCGCCCUCGUCUCCGACGCCGUCUGCGAGGCCGUCUACAGCGCGAUCCCAAACGCCUACUACGACUACAAUAGUCAAGGCUGGGUCUACCCUGAGAACACUCCCCUCUCCGACCUUCCUGUCGUCACGAUCGCCGUCGGCCAACACCAGGUGAUUAUUCAGAAGGAGGAUCUCGGGUUUGCUAGUGUUGGGGAUGGGAAUGUUUAUGGUGGGAUUCAAUCGAGGGGCAAUCUGCCGUUUGAUAUUUUGGGGGAUACGUUUUUGAAGGGAAUUUAUGCUGUUUUUGAUCAGGGGAAUAAACGGUUUGGGUUUGUGCAGAGGGCGGAGAAGUAUCAGAAUAUUUCGCCUCCUCGAUAG